AUGGGGAGUCUUAAAGAGGGCCAAAGCGCACUUCAUGAGCUUGGUGUGGCUUCAGGAGACAACCUGGACGAUGCAAAUUGGCUGAAUUAUCUUGGAAAUCAGCUUUUUAUCAGAUACAAGAGGACUGAAGCAAUAUCUGACUUGGAGAAAUCCAUCCGAGUUGCGCAGAGGGCCCUCCUGGUUACCCCGGAAGAUGAUCCAGAGUAUAUUGGAUUACUCUAUCGCCUCGGAAUCCAACUCGGGUGGAGAUACCACGAGAUUGGAGAAAUCGAUGAUAGUGAAGAGACCAUCCACAUCAUACGACUUGCCAUCGGCAAAAUAUCACUUGGAAUUGCCUUGCGGAUUAAAUUCCUUAGGACACGAGAUAUAGCCGACCUUGAGGAAGCCAUUCAAGCCACACGGGACGCCAUACACGAAAUAUCGCAUGACAACCCCAUAUACGAGAUACCCCGAGAUAGCCCUAUCUACUUCAACUGGUUAUAUGCUCUUGCAGACCAAUUUGAUGAUAAAUACGAGAUAACAAAAGCUCUGCCUGACCUGCAGGAGAUGAUUAAGUUUACACUGCAAGCUGUCAGUAAAACCCCAAGGAAACACUCAGCUUAUGGAGAGGGGCUGCAUUCUCUUGGACUUCGGUUUCGUGCCAAGUACUUGCGGACUAAGGAACUUGAUGAUGUUGAAGAGGGUAUCGACUUUAUGCAAGAGGCGAUCAGUUGUACCUCAGAAGAUGAUCCCCAACGCGCGAAGCGUUUACGGACUCUUGCAACUCUCCUCGGUGACCGAUACGAUAAGGGAAGGGAUGUAACUGAUCUCGAAGAAGCUACCCGACUUCUACGGCUGGCUACCGAUAUGACACCAGCAUAUGAUCCAGAUUAUGCAGGAUUGUUAAACGAUCUCAGCAAGGGAUUGCGGGUAUUGUUUUUCAGGGCUGGUAACACGGCGGACCUGGAUGGGGCUAUCCAAUCCUCGCGGCAGGCCGUAAACAUGGGACCAGAAGAUCACUCUGAACGUGCAAGAUGGCUGAUCAACCUUGGGAGGGGUCUUUAUGCUAGAGUGACAAAGACGGAAGAGAUCUCCGAUGUUGAUGAGGCUAUCCAAGUCGUGCGACAAGCUAUCGAUUUGACGUCCGAAGACUCUCCAGACCUUCCAAAGUGGUUACAUGAUCUCGGGAAAGGACUUAGGCUAAGAUAUCUUCGAGCGAACACUCUAGAAGACAUUGAGGAAGCCAUCAAUGUUUUACGGCAGGCUUCCAAGUCAUUUCCAAGCGAGGACAUAAGCUAUACAGAGUUUCUGAACAACCUUGGAAUGAGUCUUGCCGAAAGAGGGUUAAGAACUGGAACGGUCUCCGAUCUCAAUGAGACUAUCCAGGCUCUGCAACAAGCUCUGGAGAUUACUCCAGAGACCAACUCAGACCAUCCGGUGCUCUUAUCUAAUCUCGCCGAUGUACUUUAUGAGAGAUAUGUACAGACUGAAGCCAUGGUUGAUCUUGAAGGAUAUAUUCAGCUCACCCAGCGCGCUCUGGAUGUAGUUCCAGAACACAGCCCAGAUCGUCCACGGUGGUUGAACAGGGUUGGUGUUGGGCUGGGAGACAGAUAUCAAAGGACAGGAUUAGCGGCAGACCUUGAUAUGGCCAUCGAAUUUAUACGACGGGCUGUUAACACAAGCCAAGAAGACCACCUACUUCUCGGCGAGUGGUUAAAUAAUCUUGCAGUCCGCCUUGGCAAUAGGUAUUCAAUUAAUGGAGACAUAGCUGACCUUGAAGAGGCUAUAAAGGCCAGCCAAGAGGUUAUCUCUAUUACUCCAGAAGAUCACACAAACUAUCCGAGGUGGUUAAACAACCUUGGAAACCGGCUGUUGGAACGCUACAUGUACGACGGAGCUGUCACCGAUCUUGACAAGUCUAUCGAUUUAAGACAGCAGGCUAUCAAUAUCACCCCAAAAGACCAUCCGGACAGCGGAGGACUGCUGAUGAAUUACGUAGACGCCUUAAUGACGAAACUCGGUUUGGAAAGCAACGUGGAUGACACGCAUAAGAUGAUAUCAAACUGCGAAUCUGCUUUACGCCAGUCGAGUUUCUACAUUGAUGAUUGA